GAUGGAUGUGAAGCUGCAGUGAGGAAUCUACCAAGAAAUCCCUGAACCAACUGCUGUACUCUGUGCUGUACCCAGAGCCCCCUCUGUACUCUGUGCUGUACCCAGAGCCCCCUCUGUACUCUGUGCUGUACCCAGAGCCCCCUCUGUACUCUGUGCUGUACCCAGAGCCCCUGCUUUACUCUGUGCUGUACCCAGAGCCCCCUCUGUACUCUGUGCUGUACCCAGAGCCCCCUCUGUACUCUGUGCUGUACCCAGAGCCCCUGCUUUACUCUGUGCUGUACCCAGAGCCCCCUCUGUACUCUGUGCUGUACCCAGAGCCCCCUCUGUACUCUGUGCUGUACCCAGAGCCCCUGCUUUACUCUGUGCUGUACCCAGAGCCCACUCUGUACUCUGUGCUGUACCCACAGCCACUGCUGCACCCUCCACUGUUACUAGAUCCACAGGUUUCUGCCACACUCACAGCUCCCUGCUGCACCCCACCUCCUGGAGGCUGCACCCCAAAAUCCCUGCUAACUGGGAGGGGGUUGUCUUUGUGCUUUCUGCUCCUUGGAUCAGGUUUCUUUCUUUCUGGGGCCAGUUACAGAGGCUUUAACUACCCUUGGAGGGCCCCUAAAACAGCUUCACCCCAUCUGGGACCAGCUACAAAGGAUUUAUCUGGAGGGGCUCUCACCUCAAAUCUGCAGCAGCCUACCUCACUGGGGAUUUAAUUACCCCUGGGGGCCACAAACGGAUUGUCCUCCAAUCAUCACCCCUCUGUGACUUGAAGGGCCCCCAUCCCAGGACUGAUGGACUUCCUACAAGUGGGGACAACUUUCUAGGAGUUCCAGGAACCAACAUCACAGUGUGUCACCCCUCAAGCAAGGGGACCCCAGACAUUCGGGACUCAUUGUUGGAGGGUCUCGGGUCUCUGUGGAUUGGGGGUCCCCAUUGCAUGUUUACAAGAUUUGGGCUGUGCACAGAUUAUGGGGUUCCCCCUGCAAAGCUGAAGAAUUUUGGGUCUGUAAGAAUUAGGGAUUUUUCUCAAUGCGAAGCUGACGACGUCGGGGGUCCCCUCUUCAAGGCUGGAAUAUUUGGGGUCCCUAAGGAUUAGUGCAGGACUGGAAGAAUCAAGUCCCCCCAUUGCUCUGGAUUUAGGAUUUCUUUGUCCUCUAUAUGGCUGUCCUGCUGGUUCUCCUCUGUAUCCCCCUCUCUGUGGCUCUAGAAGUCAACCUUAUGAACACCAAAUUGGAGACCUCGGACCUUAAAUGGACUGUUUAUCCCAAAGAUGACCCACAGUGGGAUGAGAUGUCUGGUCUGGAUGAGGAGCAGACACCAGUUCGAACCUAUGAAAUUUGCAAUGUCCACCUUUCUGGGCAGAACAACUGGCUCCGGACAAACUAUAUUCGCCGCGGUCCAGCCCGCUAUGUGUAUGUCGAGCUGACUUUCACAGUGCUGGAGUGCGCAUCUCUGGAACGUGCUGGCCGAUCAUGCAAGGAGACAUUUAAUCUGUACUACUACCCGUCCUCUACAGACUUGGCUAACGACCACUUUCCACCUUGGAUGGAGAACCCAUGGAUCAAAGUGGACACUGUAGCUGCUGACUUCCUGGGAAGACGUGGUGCUCGUGGGGUCUCAACACGGCCUAAUGUCAAGACCCUGAGGUUAAGUGGACUUACAGGAGCAGGCUUCUACUUGGGAUUCCAAGAUCAAGGGGCUUGCAUGGCAUUGUUGGCUGUUCGUGUUUUUUAUCGGGUAUGCCCAUCUGUGGUGGCCUCACUGGCAAGAUUUCCUGAGACUGUGUCGGAAGGUCUGGUCGUGUCGGCAGAAGGAAACUGUGUAGAUGGAGCAGAAGGGUCUAUGGGGAGACGUCCCACCAUGUAUUGUCGUGAAGAUGGAGAGUGGGCCAAACCGGCAGCCGGGGAAUGUGUCUGCAUGGCUGGAAGGGAGGAGAAAGAGGGCCGCACAAAGUGUACAGCUUGUCUAAUGGGAACGUUUAAGCCUACAGUGGGGGACAUGCCGUGUCAACCUUGUCCCCUUAACAGCCUUACAGCGGCCCCAGGGGCCACAGUGUGUAACUGCAAAACUGGGCAUUUUCGAGCUCCUGCAGAUCCCGCAACCGAUUCAUGUACCACCCCUCCCUUGGCUCCUCGAAGUAUUGUAGCCCAUGUAAAUGGGUCUGUGGUGGACUUGGAUUGGAGUGAACCACUUGAUUCUGGCGGACGGGGAGACUUGUACUAUGAAGUGCAAUGUCUGGAAUGUGCUGUGAAUGCACAGUGCAUCUCUUGUACCCGACUCACCUUUUCCCCGCGCCCUAAUCGCCUGCUGGAGCGCAAGCUACGCGUAUCUGGGCUCCGACCUAGGAUGACUUACAAUUUCCGUGUGCUGGCACUAAACGGGGUGUCGGAACGAAGUGGAAUUGGAGCAAUGGGCGAGGAGCUCAAUGUAACCACCGACCGUGAUGUUCCCCUCCCAGUGUCCGGAAUCCAACAAAUGUCAGCAACAGAUACCUCACUCUACCUGCGGUGGGCGCCACCCCCCCCACCCAACCAGCCCAAGGGCAAUAUCCUGGAUUAUGAGGUCAAAUACUAUGAAAAGGACCAAGAGAAACCCCUAAUAAUGUUCCUGAAGACCACAGGCAGUGAGGCUCGUCUGGUGGGACUUCGUGCCGGCACCCUGUAUGUGGUACAGGUGCGAGCGAGGACUGAAGCUGGGUACGGGGCAUUCAGUGGAGAUGCCUUAUUUCAAACCUUGUCACAUGACCCAGAGAAAGCGCAGCCUCAGGUGGCGUUAAUUGCGGGGACAGCCGGUGUGGGCACACUUCUUGUCAUAGCCGUUAUAAUAGUCGCCAUUGUGUGCGUGCGGAAACAUGCAAUUAACAAGGAGACCGAGUAUAGCGACAAGCCUCCGCAGUAUCUCAUCGGACACAAUGCCAAGUUAUACAUUGAUCCUUUCACCUAUGAGGAUCCUAACGAGGCUGUUCGAGAAUUUGCUAAAGAAAUUGAUGUGUCUUAUGUGAAGAUUGAGGAGGUCAUAGGAGCAGGGGAAUUUGGGGAAGUGUGCCGCGGACGCCUGAAGGUGCCAGGGAAGAAAGAAAACUACGUGGCGAUAAAAACCCUAAAAGGCGGGUACACGGAGCGCCAGCGCAGAGAAUUCCUCAGUGAGGCGAGCAUCAUGGGGCAGUUUCAGCACCCAAACAUUAUCCACCUGGAAGGAGUAAUUACUAAUAACUGCCCUGUAAUGAUCAUCACGGAGUACAUGGAGAAUGGAGCCCUCGACUCAUUCCUCAGGCUAAACGACGGGCAGUUUACACCAAUCCAGCUGGUGGGGAUGCUGCGGGGAAUCGCCUCAGGGAUGCGGUAUUUGGCGGAGAUGAAUUAUGUUCACAGAGAUCUGGCAGCACGAAACAUUCUAGUUAACAGUAAUCUGGUUUGCAAAGUAUCGGAUUUUGGUUUGUCGCGGUUUCUCCAAGAAGGAUCCACGGAUCCCACGUAUACCUCCUGUCUGGGCGGUAAAAUCCCCAUCCGAUGGACAGCCCCAGAAGCCAUCGCCUUCCGGAAGUUUACAUCUGCCAGUGAUGUCUGGGGAUACGGGAUUGUCAUGUGGGAAGUUAUGUCUUUUGGAGAACGACCGUACUGGGACAUGUCUAAUCAAGAUGUGAUUAAUGCUAUCGAGCAGGAUUACCGACUCCCAGCUCCCCCUGAUUGCCCAUCUGCCCUGCAUCAGUUAAUGUUGGACUGUUGGCAGAGAGAUCGAGCAGCCCGGCCCCGUUUUACCGAUAUUGUCAGCUCCUUGGACAAACUGAUUCGUAACCCAGCCAGCCUGAAGAUCACCACCCGGGAGCAACAUGGGACUUCACAGCCUCUCUUGGACCAACGCACGCCGCACUAUUCUUCCUUCGCUACGGUGGGCGAGUGGCUGCAAGCAAUAAAAAUGGGAAGAUACGAGGAAGGAUUUAGAAAUGCAGGAUUUACUACAUUUAGCAGAGUUCGACAGAUAACCACAGAAGACCUGCUACGGAUGGGGAUCACGCUUGCUGGUCACCAAAAGAAGAUAUUAUCGAGUCUUCAGCAAAUGGUCCCAGCUGAGAAGAUUCCCUCGGGACCCGGACUAUGCUACUAGUUGACUUUGCUGCACCAUUGGACUUGAUACCACCAAUCACAAACUCUCAUUGAGCAGUGCAAUAAGCUGAUUGGUUGCAGCCUUGUGAUGUCACCUAUGAUAUCAGUCACACUGACUGUCCAGCACGGUAUCUAGGAGAGGCAGAGUUUGGGGUGACCACACACCGCAUUGUGAAGGCAGCGGUAUAUCCCCUGUACAGUAUGUAUAUAAAUACAUUGUCA